UCGGAGACGUGGACCAUUUGGAAAACUACCUCGCUAACCGGAUCACUAAAUACAUUCCAAAAACAAACCAAGUAGUGGUCGAUCUCCAGUGCCGGAUUAUUUGGGAGUUUGGAGAAGUUGAAGGACUCCGUUAUCAUGGUCAUGGUAAAGUGAUAUCGCUGGACGGCGGCGUCAGUCAGCCGCGGCUUGCGCUCCCUGGACCCCACAUCACGCAGUCCUGUGGCGGUGCCUCACCAUGGCACAUUUGUCAAACAUAGAAGUACUUAAAGAACAUCUCGCAACACACACAACAAACGCCACGUCUAUUUCCUGGGAUGUCAAGCGCUCAAACCUUGGUGGAAGAGGAUUAUUCGCAACAAAGUUUAUAGAAAAAGGAAGCUUAAUUUUCACCAACAAACCUCUAGUUAUUGGACCGCGGGCAGAUCAGAAUGAAGAAACCUUUUGUACCACCUGUUUUCAAAUAAAUAAAACUUGUGUUUUAUGUGAAAAGUGUUAUUUAAUGGUGUGCUCCGAAGACUGUAAAAAUUCACGGCAUGCCCAAAAGUGCGACUUUAUUACUACUACUUGGAAACUGGAUGUAGAUUUCGAUAAUAAGGCCCGAUUUAUGGCUGGAAUCCUCAUAUAUUUAGAAUGUUUAUUGCUAUCAAAACAGCAGGUCGAAAUGCUUUGUCGGCUACAGAAAAGCGAUUCUAGCAGUGUUGACUGGUCGGAACUUCAAACGUUAAUACCAGAAAACAUCAUUCCUGGAGAACAAAUCAAGUUCAUUACGAUGUGCUCAGAAAUAUUAAAAAUUAAUUCAUUUAGAAUAUCUAAUCACAGCCAAAAACAGAUGGUGCCCCUGCGCGGCCUAUAUCCAAUAUCCGCAUUUUUGAAUCACAGUUGCAUGCCAAACACAAGAAAUGAAUUCGGUGAUGAUUAUGCAAUGACGGUUUAUGCGAGUAAAAACAUCGAAGUUGGGGAAGAAAUCGUCAGCAGUUACACUGGGCUGCUUUGGUGUACGCCUGCCAGACGGAUUCAAUUGUACAAGACUAAAAGAUUCUGGUGUAAAUGCCACAGGUGCUCCGACUCCUCUGAAAUGGGAACAAGGCUAUCAGCGUUGCGAUGCUUGGACAAGGAGUGCGUCGGAGUUCUCUUACCGGUAACGCCUUUGGACCCCCGGUGCGAGUGGCAGUGUGACAACUGCGAAGCCCUGGAGCCCCCUGCCCGUGUGAACAUGGUGCAGGGCGUCCUCGGGAGCCUCGUAUCCACGCUGAACCUGGAUAAUCAACUCCAGCUAGAAACUUUCGUGCUAGAAAGACUAGCUGCUUUAAUCCCUUACUCCAACCACAUUUUUGUUGAUUUGCGACUGAGACUUGCACUGAAGCUUGGAUUUGCUGACGAUAUGAAAUUAUUCGAGCUGUCGGAAUCCCGGCUGUCGCUGAAGGAGACGCUGUGCCGCGGCACGCUGCGCACGGUGGCGGCGCUGGGCGCGGGCGACGCGCACCUCCGCGGCCUGCUGCUCUACCACCUGCACGCCGCGCUGGCCGAGCGCGCGCGCCGCUCACCAGACCUGUUUGAGGAGUUGAAGCCAGAAAUCGAAAGUACAAUUGAGCAGGCCUACAGCAUUUUGCAAGGCGACGUGUCCGCGCCGCCUGACCUCGAGCUCCGGCGCCGCUACCUCGGCCCCGGCUGCGACAAACCCCAAGAAGAAAGGUUCUUUAUCCUGGACGCUUAACAACCAUAAUCUAAAGCCAAAUGUCCUAAGAAUUAAAGUAUUUCUGAAGUGUUAAUACAAAUACAUAUACGCUUAUUUGAGGAACACAGGUAAAUCCUUUAGUAAGCUAAACGUUUAGUCUAGCAAUAGCAACUGAGAAUUAUCAAAAUGGACUCAAACCUCUAGUCUUAAUUUUGAGAUUUGUUUUGUAAAAUGGAGUCAUAGGUUAGAUAUAUUUAGAUACUACUUAUAUUCAAUAUAAAUUUUAUAUAAUAAAUUUAUUCCAUUAAAUCUAAAAUAAUACAAUAGUGCAAGGAGUUGAGAGUGUCGAGGCCUUCUAGUAGGUAUAGUGUGUCAGAAAGUCUCGCUCUUCCAAUUGGUAACUAAUUAGAACAUUGUAAUACAUUGUAAUAUGAUCAGAGUAUAACUAUGUUACAUUGAGUAUCUUAAGAACUAAAACUAAAGAACUAAAUUACAAGCUCUACGCGCGCGCGCGCGCGUGUGUGUGUGUGUGUAUCGUGAGUGUGUGUUCGUUUUAGUAGUUGGGUUAUUAAAUUUUAAUAGUAAAUUAUUAGGUGAUAGAGGUUUUAUCCUUAAUUUACAUGAAUUAAGAUCCUACUUUUAUCUUUAUUUAUUUGUGAAUAAAAUUUUCGGUCUUAUUGUAAUCUAAUGUAUAUAACCAAUCACAAAGUAAUUUGUUACAUUCGUAUACACUGAAAAAAAUAAAUAGCCGAACUGGUUUUGUAACUUUACUAAAUAACUAAACUACGGUUAUAAGAAAAUAAACUUUGCAUAAAUUUACAAAACUUAUUUUGUAGUGUAUAAUAAAUACCUGAACACUGAUAGCCAAACACGGUUUUGUAACAUAUAACACAUAGUUCGCAAGUCCCAAUUUUUGUGUAAACAGUAACCAAAAUGUUUGUUACAGUUAUGCAAACAUUUCUUUCAGUGUACAUUUUUCGAAUGAAUAUUCAGUUCACUAUUUAUUUUAUUAUAUAAGACCGCAUAUUGCACAUCAUAUUGUCUCCUAGUAAUAUACUCUAUGAUUUAAGAACCUAGUGAAAUACGAAGUAAUAAAGUUGAUUAUACGGCUAUGUGGAAUAAAA